GUCAGGUUGAAGCGGUGUCUUGAAGCGCACCACAUCAAGGCCCACAUCGGAGGAGACUGCAGUGGUUCUGCUAAGGUUCAACGAAAAUGCUCUCUGUUUGGAUAUCCCUCCUUCUCUUCUGUCCAGCCAUUGUGUGGACAGGAAAUGUGCUGGUUGUCCCAGUCGAUGGGAGUCACUGGGUGAACAUGAAAAUCAUUGUUGAAGAGCUUAAUUCAAGGGGCCACACUAUCUCAGUGGUGCGAACAACAGACAGCUGGUACAUCAAGGAACACUCCCCCUUCUAUACUGCUAUUACCGUCAAAUCGGAGAGUGGCUUUGAUGAGGGCUUCAUCACUGAGUUAAUUGCGAAGCUUCUGGAGAUCCAGAGGAACGGAAGGUCUCCCUGGGCACGUUUCAAACUGGAGAUGGAGGAUAUGGAGGCAGCCUCUGUGAUGCACUUAAAGGGCGCCCAAUUGGUUGAGCGUAUGUUUGAGGACAAGCAGUUGAUGCAGUCUCUAAAGGAUGCAAAAUUCAACAUGGUUCUGACAGACCCAAUGAUACUAACUGGUGUCAUGCUUGCCCGCCACUUAGAUCUGCCUUUAGCUUUUAACGUGAGAUGGACGACUCACGGCGAAGGCCAUUUUUCGAUCGCCCCGUCUCCUCUUUCUUACGUUCCAGUGCCAGGGCUAGAGCUAUCCGAUGAGAUGAGCUUCAGCGAAAGAGUUUUGAAUACAUGUUUUUACUGCUUCCAACAAUUUCAUUUUGCCCGAUAUAUCGUUCCACACUAUGAGGGGCUGAUGCAAAAAUACUUCAGCCAAGAUUCCUUUAUGAGCCUGUUUCAAAGAGCUGAUCUGUGGCUCAUGAGAAUAGAUUUUGUGUUUGAGUUCCCUCGGCCCACCAUGCCUAAUAUUAAGUACAUGGGAGGGUUUCAAUGUAAACCUGCUCAGCCUCUGCCUCCACACCUGGAGGACUUUGUCCAGAGUUCAGGAGAGCACGGAGUCAUCAUCAUGUCUCUGGGGACGUUUGUCACAAGCCUGCCCCAGGAAAUAUCAGAGGAGAUCGCCGCCGCUUUUGCAAAACUACCUCAGAAAGUCAUCUGGAGACAUAAAGGUGAACGGCCAGCAUCCUUAGGCAACAACACAUUACUUGUCGAUUGGAUGCCACAGAAUGACCUUUUAGGACACGAAAAAACCAAACUGUUUGUGGCGCACGGAGGAACAAACGGAGUACAAGAGGCCAUCUACCACGGAGUGCCCAUCCUCGGACUCCCACUGAUCUUUGACCAACACGACAAUCUCUUCAAAAUUAAAUUCAGAGGAGGCAGCAAAAUCCUAAAUAUAUUCACUAUUGACAGGGAGAGCUUCCGACAAGGUAUCGAGGAACUCCUCCAUGAGCCCUCAUACAGGACGACCAUGGAGCGACUCUCUAGACUCAGUAGGGACCUGCCAAUGAAGCCUUUAGACUACGCCAUCUUCUGGAUAGAGUAUGUUAUACGAAACAAGGGUGCUGGUCACCUGAGGUCAGAGUCCUACAACAUGCCUUGGUACUCCUACUACUCUGUAGAUGUGAUCCUUCUUUUAUUAGGACUGCUGCUGAUUAUGAUCCUGACCUUUGUUGUGUUAGUCAAGACACUGUGCUCCUGUGUCUGUCGCAGAAUAAAACGCAAACGGGACUAA